AUGAAGGAAUUCGGGCGACUUGGGGAGUACAAUUUCUGCUGGCGGACCGGUGCGCAGACCGAGGAGACCCCAAUCGAACAACUCCGGUCGAAGAAUACUCUCCGGUCUCGUUUGGACUCAGACCUUCUACCCUCAAUCAAUGAGCAAUGCUCCAGACUAGCAGGAUUACCACGCGACCCACCUCAUGUGGGGCAAGACCCGGCCUUAUAUCUCAAGAUCAUCGCAGAGAUUCAGGCCAAUCUUCAUCAGACUCUACCUCAAACGAUUCAGACGAUUAAUGCACUCUUUCCCAACCCGAUGCCCAAACCUGACGAUGAGACGAACGACCAAGGAUUCAAUGAAUUCAAAAUCUAUAGACUCUAUCAUCUCGAGGCAUCUAUUAGAACAGAUUUGCAAGUCGGGCUCCUAUCACUGUUUUCAGAGUUCCAUCAAUUUCUCCGCAAUUUCAAGGACGGCGGGGACACUAAUCCAUGUCUCAUCGAGUUUGCAGUCCGUGACAUCAAUCAAAUAAUCGACUGGGCCAUCAAACUUUCAAGAGCUUCUGAAUUAAGCGUGAUAUGGACUCUUUGGAAAAAUGAGAUCCCCGGGUGUGAUGAAGAACUCGAGGGAAUGUUAAUUCAGAUGGGCCCGACGAGGCUCUUGGAUGGCGAACACGAAGCCCUCUUGAGUCCACCAGCCGUCGAACUCGGUACCUCACUCAUCCCUGUCUUCAAAUUAUCAAGAUUGUUUUUCAACAAAUUAUCUCAAGAAAGAGUGACGAAGGAAGAUGUAGGAUCGUUUACAGAGAUGUCUUCUGCUCAGUUAUCUACUUUGGAUGGCUGGAUUGAACAGAUCUUUAGUUCGAUUGCCAGCAUGCAUUUUUCAAUCAAAAAUGCUGAUGAAGAUGACCCUGUCAACACCAGUGCUGCUAUCAUAGACGAACUUGAAACACUCAAAGCGGUUUUCCGGUCUUAUCAGCUUCUUAUCGACAAGUAUAUUCUCCCCAAUCUGUUUCCCAACUCUCUUGAUCUCUCUUCUCGCGUUUGUUUCAAAGAUUGGCUGGAUAGCUGGACUACUUCUUUCUCGAAAGCUAUUCAUAACGCUAUCCAUGCUGCCAACACAUACGAAUCUUCAACCAUUAUUUCUUGA